UUGUGCCUAAAAUAAUUUUAUUUCAAUUAAAGAAGAGAACGAAGAACAGAUGUCAGUCGGUUGUGGCUGCUGACAGAUUUUUUUUUUAGUUGUAAUUGAAUUAAAGGAGCGGGAAGGGCGGGGCGCCUCUCAGAGCCGCUGACAGGUAGGAGCGGUGCGCUGUCCAUGGUGCUGAAAGCUCCUCCGGCUGCUGCCACACCGGAGAUCCUCACCUCAGACCAGACCGGGAAUCCGACUGGAGCUCAUCUUAAAAUCUCAAGGAGAAAUCAAGAAUCGUCCUUUCGUUCUGAUUUUUUUUUUACCUCUAACAUUUCCGUCUUCUCUGGAUGUUAAAAUGGCUCUGCACAGAUUUACGUUGCGCAAGGCACCAGCGGAGUUACUUGGCUCCUGUUUUGUGAAUGUGAAGCCAGCUUUUUCGGACUGAGCGUGUUUCCCCCCUUUUCCUACUCAUCUUUUUAGUAUAUCGAAGAAAAGAGGCACACCUUUUGGAUUCAUAUCUCAACAAAUAUGCUUUUUUCUGCACUUGCACUUAUUGUAGUAUCGUAGGAUAUAAUUUAAAAGCCGUAACUUGGAAAUGGAGCCUGGCAAGGAGAGCGCUCUCCCCAUCAAAGGGAGGCUUAAACAAGUCGCAGGAAAGGCCCUGGGGGGUCUAUACAGGAGGCUCGAGAAGAAGCAGCAAACAGGUGAGGCCAUCGAGCUGACCGAGGAUGGGAGACCCAAGGAGGAUCAGGAGAGGAAGGCUCCCCUGUGUGACUGCACGUGCUUCGGGCUCCCGCGCAGAUACAUCAUCGCCAUGCUGAGCGGGCUCGGCUUCUGCAUCUCCUUCGGUAUCCGGUGCAACUUGGGUGUGGCCAUCGUCAGCAUGGUUAAUAACAGCACGAUCCAUCAAAACGGCAAGAUCAUCAUCAAAGAGAAAGCAAAAUUCAACUGGGAUCCAGAGACCGUGGGGAUGAUCCAUGGCUCCUUCUUCUGGGGCUACAUAGUAACUCAGAUUCCUGGAGGGUACAUCUCUUCUAGACUGGCUGCAAACAGAGUUUUUGGUGCUGCCAUCGUGCUGACAUCCAUUCUCAACAUGUUCAUCCCCUCCGCUGCCCGUACACACUACGGAUGUGUAAUCUGUUUGAGGAUAUUACAAGGCCUGGUGGAGGGAGUGACUUAUCCAGCCUGCCAUGGGAUCUGGAGUAAAUGGGCUCCACCAUUGGAGAGGAGUCGUCUGGCAACCAUCUCCUUUUGUGGGUCGUAUGCUGGUGCAGUGGUGGCCAUGCCUCUGGCUGGGGUCCUGGUGCAGUACACAGGGUGGUCCUCUGUCUUCUAUGUGUAUGGAUGUUUUGGAAUAUUUUGGUACAUGUUCUGGAUUUUGGUGUCAUACGAGAGCCCAGCUGAACACCCGACCAUCACCGAUGAGGAGCGCAGGUACAUUGAGGAGAGCAUCGGUGAAAGUGCCAAACUAAUGGGAGCAUCAGAAAAAUUCAAGACCCCUUGGAGGAAGUUCUUCUCCUCCAUGCCUGUCUAUGCAAUCAUUGUGGCAAAUUUCUGCAGAAGCUGGACCUUUUAUCUGCUGCUCAUCAGCCAGCCUGCGUACUUUGAGGAGGUGUUUGGCUUUGAGAUCAGUAAGGUUGGAGCUCUGUCAGCUCUCCCUCACCUGGUGAUGACCAUCAUCGUGCCUUUAGGAGGCCAGUUAGCGGACUACCUGCGGACCCACAACAUCAUGUCCACCACUACAGUUCGUAAAAUCAUGAACUGUGGAGGGUUCGGAAUGGAGGCGACGCUCCUAUUGGUGGUCGGAUACUCUCACAGUAAAGGAGUAGCUAUCUCCUUUCUCGUCCUGGCAGUGGGCUUUAGUGGGUUUGCAAUAUCAGGUUUCAAUGUGAACCAUCUGGACAUCGCUCCGCGAUACGCCAGCAUCCUCAUGGGUAUUUCUAAUGGUGUAGGGACCUUGUCAGGCAUGGUCUGUCCACUUAUAGUUGGAGCAAUGACAAAAAACAAGACCCGUGAAGAGUGGCAGUAUGUCUUCCUCAUCGCCUCCCUGGUGCAUUACGGAGGUGUGGUGUUUUAUGGGAUCUUUGCAUCUGGUGAGAAGCAACCAUGGGCCGACCCUGAAGAAACCAGUGAGGAGAAAUGCGGCUUCAUUGAUGAAGAUGAGCUGGCUGAGGAGACGGGCGACAUCACGCAGGGAUACGGUGCGAUGGGUGGUCCGGCAAAAAGCUACGGAGCCACGUCUCAGCUGAAUGGAGGGUGGGUCCAGGACUGGGACAAGACAGAGGAAUAUGUUCAGGAGCCAGCAGGAAAGAUGUAUACCCAGCGUGGCUACUCUUAAACCAUACAGCUGUGGUGAGCCUGAGUAGAACAGAUCUCACAUCACUAAUUGCACAAGUUGUAGACAGAUAUUUAAAUCCAUUCUGUGCAUUCAAGUAGUUUUAAAUGAAAUUUAAGAAUUAGUUAAUUGCAAAGCAGAAAAAUCCUCAUUAGAUUAUUAGAUUUCCUCACAUAAAGUAGGGCUUCACUUUACAUACAUACAAUGGCUGCAGAGAAAAGCGCAGAUCUGUGUUGUACUUCUUAGACAUCCAAACCUCAUCGACCUACUUGAACAACAUGAGCCAGACGACACUGCAGUCGACCAUCAUGUAGGAUUUUUCUCUAAAAUACUACUAUAAUUGCACUGAAACUAUAAGUGUUCUGAAAACAAAAACUAUUAAUAUGUUUUAAAUGUGUUUUACGUACUGUACAUACCUGUAUACUGUUUCUGUGAGACUAUUGUGGAUUUUGGGUCAUUGAUCUGUGUUAACAUUAAAUAUAAAUGGCCAUAUUUUUCAUGGACAGAACCUCCUCAGGGAGAUGUCUGCUUGCAAAAAAGGUCUUCAUCUUCUUCAGUGAGGCCUACAAAUACAAGACAAAAAUAGCGUGAGUGAAGUUGACUCGUAGAGUUUUAGUGUGUGUUUGUUGCAUGAAUUGGCUCAGAUCAAUGUUUCAGACGCAGCCGCCUCAGAGUCCUCAUUCGGCUAGCUGCUUUGUUGUCGGUUAAGUCGUGUCUUUUACCGUCACAAAAUAAAUUCAACAAGCUUUCUCGAUCGGGUUGUUGAAGAGAGACCAAUCAAAGAUGUUUUAAAGGCAACUGCUCAAAAUACAUUGUUUAUUGAUGUUUGGUGUGCAUUGCAAUAAAUUCUGUGUACCAGCCGCCACCCAUUACAUUCUGUUCUGUAGAGUAGCACUGGCUUGCUGUAUCUGAUUGUACUUGUUUUGGAGUCAUGUGAUGAUCAGCAUUAAGGUGUGUAUUUUAACAAAUUCUCAGUGUCUGGAAUGUCAGCUUUAGUGCUCAUGAUGCAGGAGAUAUUAUUGCAUUUUGACAGCAAGGAAUGCAUUACAUGCAAACAUCAAAGCUGUUUGUGUUCUCUUGGUGUCCUUUGGUUGUUGUCAUGACCACCACAAGUACUAUAAACAUUGUUCGUAUCAAAUGAAGUAGAGUUACCAGGAAAGAUUAUGAACAAAUAACGUCUUACCUGUUGAAGAUAGCUCUUUCACUGACACAAAUGGAUAGACGAGCUAGUAAAAGUGGGGCAAAGGCCGGGAAUAUACUUGCUGUUUACCCUCGCGUUGGCGCAGGCAGCAAGCUACGUCUUUGUGCACAUACUUGCUGCUAUGCUACACGACACUGCACCGCAUGUAGUACUGGAGGGUUCCACCAGGGGACACACUAGAAAACUCAGACCAAAGAGAGAGCCAGUUUGUGGGCACAACCAAAACAAACAUGGCAUCAAUGAAACAGCUCAUGAACAGGUUAAUUUUGAGAUCAUGGUGUGAAAGACCUCCAAACCAGAGAGGGUUUUGUCAACUCCACCUACUGGUUACUCGUAUAUUGCAGCGUUCGGACACAUUAAUUUCUCUUAAUUUCGGGGGACGCACACAAACAACUCUUCAAAUAAACGCAAGUAACACGUGGCAGCCAUUUUAAACACGUGUUUGCAGCAUUAAACAACAAGUAUAUUACGCCCCUAAGACCAAAAGGGAUUUAUGUCAUAUUAAGACAACUCCAAACUCAAAAAUGUCAGCAAUUAAUGCAAAUGCUAUUUUAGUACCCUUUACUCACUUAUUCUAACAGAAAUAUAAUUGCAUUCCUGUAGGAAGUGGUUCGUGCUGCGGCUAGCUGCUGCUGCUGUUUGGGCUUUCAUAUAAUCACAAGAAUCUAUGUAAAUAAAUGUUCUAAUCAAAAACUAAGGGCCAUGUAAAGUAGCAUUGGCAUAAUUCUGAGUAUAUAGUUGUUUUAAGAUGACACUUGUUGGUCUUGGACUCGGACUAGCUCAUUGGCUGGGUCAGAAUUGAACUUUAUUUUCCAAAGCUGAGUCCAUUCAAAGAGCUAUCUACAGUGGGUAAGAUAAUAACCUUUCCACAGGACUCCACCUCAUCAGAGCUGAACUACUGCUUUAACGACACAUUGAUAUUUUAACACUUGAAUGGACAACAUUAACUAAUGGAUGGCUCUUCCACUUGGUUUUAUUUUCUUUAUUUGCUGUAUGAAAUCUGCAAGGAUGUUUAAAAUAUAUGAAUACAUAAGAAUGUUUAAGAUGACCAAAAGAUGCUAUUAUGGCUUUGUGCCUAAAGUUUCUGUAAACAGAUAAAUGUGAUUUCAUGGCUUCUAAUAUUGUGUUUAAUGAAGAGGUAUGUUGAUGUCAGAAAAGUGUUCUAAAAACUGAUAUCCUUUUAUAAAAAUAUGCAUAUAUAACCCGC